AUGCACAUCACCCAGCUCAAUCGGGAGUGCCUGCUGCACCUCUUCUCGUUCCUGGACAAGGACAGCAGGAAGAACCUUGCCAGGACCUGCCCCCAGCUCCAGGACGUGUUUGAGGACCCUGCACUCUGGCCCCUGCUGCACUUUCGUUCCCUCACAGAACUCAAGGAGGACAACUUCCUCCUGAGCCCGGCGCUCAGGAGCCUCUCCAUCUGCUGGCACUCCAGCCGCGUGCAGGUGUGCAGCAUCGAGGACUGGCUCAAGAGCGCCCUCCAGAGGAACAUCUGCAGCCGGCACGAGAGCCUGGUCAACGACUUCCUCCUCCGGGUGUGCGACAGGUGCCCCAACCUGGCAACCGUCACGCUGUCUGGCUGCGGCCACGUCACCGACGACUGCCUGGCGCGUCUGCUGGUUUCCUGCCCGCGCCUGCGCGCGCUGCACCUGGAGAACUGCGCGCGCGUCACCAACCGCACGCUGACGGCCGUGGCGGCGCACGGGCGCGCGCUGCAGACGCUGCACGUGGACUUCUGCCGCAACGUGAGCGCGGCCGGCCUGAGGCGCCUGCGCGCCGCGUGCCCGCGCUUGACGGUGCGCGCCGAGCAUAGCGCGGCCAUGAUCCCGGACCAGCUCCCGCGCGGCCCGCACGCGCCCGGCGCCGCCCUCCGCAAGUUGCUUCUGCGCUAG